AUGAUGGGCACUGCUCAUCAGAGCAAUGAACAACUGCCUGCAGCCCAAGCAGCAGACACGCUAUUGGAAUUCAGACAAACUGGAGCAAUGGUCAAGAAAGCCAGGGGGGGUGCCCAAGCUUGUCAAGGAUGCACUGCCGAUUGUGCAUCCUCCGUUAUGAGUGAGAAACCACAGAGCAAAGUGGAGAAUGGCAGAAAAGGAAACAAACGUUCAAGGAAGGGAGGAACGACGAGACCAUGUACACGGCGUUCAAGACUAUCUGCAAGGAACACACCAGUGAGCCAAGUCCCUGGUGUCGGAAGCCAGUCGUGGCACACGCCCUCAUCAAGCCCCUCGUGGGAAGGUUUGGAGGUGCGCUGGCCACUGACGUAUCGGAUGGUAAACAUGCGUGUCAAGGUGUCCAAUGACGGGUGCUACAAAUCUGGGAAGAUUGUCAAAUACCUACCACCAAAGGGAAAGCAUGAAAUACUAUAUGAUGAUGGCACUGUUGAAGUGUUGGAUUUGGACCAUCGAGCAUGGAAGCCAGACUUUGGCAACGUCCCUGGUCCUGAUGACAAGGCAACGCCAAGUGUAUCCGGUCCAAAGCCAGGGCGCAAGCGCAAAGCAGGCAACAGGGAGCCGAAUGUCAACAAGAAAUCUGCCAAGACUGACGAAUUGGGAAAACCUGCAUCCUCAACAAAGAAUCGUCAUCUCUCCGCACAGUCCCCUGUCUGGAUCGCGCUUUCUAACGUUCCACGGCAGAAUCGCCAGAUGCUGAAGGACUGGUGCAAGAGCCAACCAAUGGCUGCAGCAGUUGGGGAAGUGACAAGUACCACAACACACCUCGUUGUGAUGGCAGAUGAAAACAUGCGCAUCGAGCGAGCCACGGAAAAGUAUCUUAAGGCAAUCUUGCAUGGGUGCUACAUUGUUUCUUGGAGUUGGGUAGAGGCGUCGAUGCGGCAGGGCUGCCUAGUGGAUGAAUGGGAGUUCAUAGUAAAGGGUGAUCAGAGUCAUGAAGGAGGUCCCCAGUUGGGGCGCCGGCGAGCUCAAAGAAAGGAGGCCUUGUUGUUCGCUGGCCUCCAAUUCUAUUUGUGGGGUGCAGAUGCAGGGAAUAGGAAAACGGUGGCCAAGCAGCUCUUGGAGCUGGCGGGAGGCCAGCUGCUGAAGCGUCCCCCGCCAAGGGGCACACAGCUUGGGAGCGAUUCGCAAGUGUGGGUCUUGACGACAGGCGCGACCAAUGCGAAGGAGAUGGACUCCCUCUCCCGCCGCUGGGGAUGCAGGCCCCUGGAGAUCCAAUGGGCAUACGACUCGGUGGCCGCUCACAGGAUACUUCCAACAGCCAGCUACGAGGUGGCAACGGAUGCGUUGCCAUGA